UACUGUUCUAUUGGGAAUUAUUUCAGAACGCGAGUUUUACCAAAUGAAACAGUGAAUGUUCACAUAACAAACAAAGUCGAUUGUUAAAUUAACUAUUCCUCGUGGUAGUUGACUAUAUACUGCAGAAUUAUUUUGAGUGAACAUUUGUAAUAUCUUUAUGUAAAACCGAGAGAAAAGAAUUAUGGUCUCGGUGAUGCAACCAUUCAUGGAUGUUGAGAGUUCGAGAAGUUACAUCGAUGAAUUAUACUCGUUGGAUCCUCAAAAAUGCUUAGAAGCUAUUAUAUGCCUAAAAAAUUCUGUAAUUGGAAGUAAUAGACAAAAAGGAUCUGUAAUAGCACAAGGUGUAGUACCUCGUUUAUUGCAACUUCUUGGAGAUACAUCAGACAGAAUUGGAGAUAAUAUAAGGCUAGAGGCUGCAGUAACUUUGGGUUCUUUAGCUAAAGGAACUGAUCAACAUGUGCUAGCACUUAUAGAUCUCGGUGUAGUGCCGUUGCUUUUUCAGGUUAUAUUAUCUACACCUAUCACAGAAACGCCAUUAGAAGGAAAGCCAAAAAUAACAGAUUUAUUAAACGAGGCAUGUUUACGUUGUUUGAGAACAGUAUUUCAACAUCCAUCAGCACCGGUUCAUUCAAUAUAUCAGGAUCCUGCACUAGUGCCAAGAUUGGUAUCGUUAGCAAAUCAAUCAGUCACUUGUCAAAUUUGUGUAGCAACAAUUUUAACAACAGCAUGCAAGACAACAGAAGAGCAAAGUGCUUUAGCCAAAGGUGGUGCGGUAGAAACAUUAGCAAUGCAGUUGGAUUCUCCAUUACCUGAUGUUCAAUCAUCAGCUCUAGCAUGCUUGGCAAAUAUGUGUUAUAAGAAUUAUGGGGUAUGUGUCACAGUUGCAUCGGCAACUACCAGUAACACACCACAGGGUAGGCUUGUACCUGUAGCAUUAGGACAAUUAAUGGGCCGUGAGAAAAGCUCCUUAAUUCAACUUGAAGCUGCAAGGUGUGUUACAUAUAUGCAUAGAACUGGAGUUCUAGUACACAAAGAUCCUAGAAUUAUAUACCGUGCUUUACCUUGUUUGGUACGACUUUGUCAUCGAGAUCAUCCGCCUCGUGAAAGAGUAGCGGCGGCUGAAACUUUGGCUUUCCUUACCGAAGUUAAUACCGAAUUGCAACGUCUAGCUUCCAUUAGUAAUCAUUUAAUUCCUACUCUUGCAGAAUUAUUACGAUGUCAUCCACAUUGCAAGAUUGUACUUGCAAUGGCGCAGCUACAGGAUGCAACAUUAACACAAGAUAUGCGACAAGCUGCAUUCAGGGCAUUCGCAUCCCUUGGUGCUAAUGAUGAAGAUAUUAGGAAACGUAUCAUCGAGACAGAAAGCCUUAUGGAACAAGUAGUGGCAGGACUUCAGGAUCCAGGAGGUUCUCACGUACGUUUAGCAGCAGUUAGAUGUCUUCAUUCUCUUUCUAGAAGUGUUCAGCAACUCCGAACAACGUUUCAAGAUCAUGCUGUUUGGAGGCCCCUUAUGCAAUUGUUACAUGGUGCAGAUAAGGGAUUGGAGGGUAGAGGCGAAAGUGAAGUUGACUUAUUAACUGUUGCCUCGAGUACUUUAUGUAACUUAUUGUUGGAAUUUAGUCCAAGCAAAGAACCAAUUCUUGAAUCUGGAGGAAUAGAGUUAUUGUGCUCGCUUACAAAACGAUGUACACCGGCAUUGCGAUUGAAUGGAAUUUGGGCAUUGAUGAACGUGGCUUUCCAAGCCGAACAGCAAGUAAAAUUACAAAUUUUACAAUGUCUGGGAACAGAUCAAAUCUUUUGUCUUCUGGCAGAUCAAGAUAUACCAGUUUUGAUGAAAACAUUAGGUUUAUUACGAAACUUGCUCUCUACAAAAGCACACAUAGAUCGUAUAAUGGGAGAACACGCUGCUCACGUUAUGCAAGCUGUUAUAUUAGUUUUAGAAGACCCAAGGCAUCCAGCAGACGUAAAGGAGCAGGCUCUCUGUAUUUUAGCGAAUGUAGCUGAUGGAAAUCGAGCAAAAGAUCAUAUUAUGGCUAACGAAGAUGUGCUUAAAAAACUUAUGGAUUAUAUGAUGCAUAGCAAUGUAAAACUGCAAAUUGCUGCAGUUUUUUGUGUGUGCAACCUAGUCUGGAGGGAAGAACCUGGUGCUGCACAACGGCAAGCACGUUUAAAAGAACUGGGCUUUUAUCGUAUUUUACAACAAUUACGUCAUAGCAAGGAUCUCCAAUUGUUUGAUAAGGUCAGAACGGCUAUGGCACAAUUUUAUGAUGCCUAAAUUCCGGAUGUGUUAUUGAUGAAAGUUAGAUUUUGAUUUAGAGUUCUUUUAUAUGCGAAAUACAAUUAUAUUUUGGUGUUAACACUGUGAUUCUGUAUUUCGUUGAUGCAUAAGCAUUUUAUAUUUAUAUAGAAAAGAUACAAAAACAAUAUCCCUGACGAUGUAAUCUGUU